UCAAGUACUAUAGGGGUCUAUCUAAACUGUACCCAAGAGAUUUUGAUAAGACUUGACCUCUAGAAACGAUGCCGUUUGCUUAAAAUUAAGUUCUGCUGUCACUAAAACAAUCAAAGACGCAUUUCUCAGCUCUGCACAAGAAAAAAAGGAAAAGUCUGUACAAUAUAAAGUUGUAAAAUGCAAGCUGUUUUAAAAGGGAUUGUAUUCAUAGGCAUUCUCAAAGCAGCAUCUUCUCUGCAGUGUUAUCAUUGCUACAGCUAUGAAUCCUUCCAUGAAUGCGACAACAACAAAGAGCUCAAGAGCUGCGAGAUUGGAGCGAUGCAACGAUGCAGCAAAGUCACUUAUGACCUACCAAUAGGCAAAGUGUAUCGCAAGGAAUGUAUUGACUUAGCUUACUGCAAAGACAACGAUAGAUAUUGCCGACAAGUCACCAACGGUUCAGAUGAUUGCGAAGUUCACUGUUGCAAGGACGACAAAUGCAACGCGGGCUCGAAAGUGUCCAGUGGYGUWUUGUGCGCAUGCGCGUUGUUAAUGGGGUUUCUGAUCCGAAUGAUAUUAUGAGUUUUUGAGCCAAAAAAGUUUUAUAAUUUUCGUAGGAUUUUGUGAAUAUCGCUUUGUAUUGAUUUGAAGUACGUAGUAGGCUCACCUGCUUUGUAGAGUGAGAGUUAAUUAAGCAAUUGGGCUUGUUGUUCAUAUGAGUAAUUUUCCGUCYACCGAGAAAAGAAAACGACUACCUUGUUUGUCUAGUUGACAAAGAAAAKCUGAGSAAAACAACGAGAAAUCAGCUUUACAAUCUUUGGAGAUCGAAGGCAAAACAAUCUASUUAUAGCUACUCCUAAUUGAUUGAAGCCAYGWACCCCAGAGUCCUGGAGGAAGGUCGGGGAGGGGAGGGGAAGGGCCGGGUUUAACACAUUAUACCCGGGAAUUUAUCAAAGCAUCAACGGGUAGGCGGGAGAAUUAACGUCUAUAUCAAAGAAUAUUACCUUUCUAACAGCUGGCUAAAUGCCCUGUGACUUAACCUUGAUGAUAUGUUAAUUCCUCCGGUAUUGCCAGUGGGGGCUGGGAGCCGUCGUCUGUGGUUUCACUCACAAAUCACGGCGAAAGAUUUUUGUCAGCUAACUAAUUAAAAUUAUAACAGCUUGGAGAAACCAAUUCUUUUAUUCUGCUUAAGGUCAUGAAAUGGCCGAGUCGAAGUAAACAUAAGCUAACAUAUCCUGCAAAAAAUUCGGCAUACCUGACUUGAUGAAGUAUUGCACAUGCUAUAAAAACUGACCCGGAAGAAGAACUUUAGAAAGAUAAAGAAUAGAAAUAGUGCUUUAUGUACUGAUCAUUAAGUGUAAAAAAGAAGAUGUAUAUUUUCACAAAAUCAUUUGACUUAUUAAACAAUAACGAAAAUAGCGUUUAGUAAAAAUGAAAGAAAGAUUUAA